AUGUCGGCCUCACAAGAAGAAGACUCUUUAGAUCGAUUUGCAAGAGCAUUACAAGUAUUAAAGAAGGAUUUGGACAUUCUUUAUGAUCCAAAGGAAUUACCAAAGACUGAGGUGUGUAUAGACACCUACCCUGCAUGCACAAGGCCUAUUAAUAGACAGGGACAAUAUCAUGUAGUAGAGGUGCAGCAAAAGACACCGUUAACAAGAGAUAAAUUAUACAGCAGCAGCAGCAGCAGGCUGACGUCGAGAGAGCAGCAGCAGCAGCAACAGCUGCAGCAGCAACUGCAGCAGCAGCAGCAACAGACUGCUGCCAGUAGAACACCAUCAAGAAGAAAUGUAGCAGCAGAUACAACACGAGAUCGCCAGGAUGAGACUAGCCGUCCCCUCCGAUCUAAGCAGCCCCCGCUGCAGCAGCAGCAGCAGCGGCAGAUAAGCAGCAGCAGCAGCAGCAGCAACAGAGCAGCAUCAGCAACAGCAGCACGGUUACGCCCAGCUACUCGUUUCUCGGAUAUGCAUGCAUUAAGAAGCAACGCAUGCAGAGAAGAAGGAAGAGAAAUAAAAGAAAGAAGAAAAGAAAGAGAAGAAAAAGAAGAAAAAAAAGGUGCCUAUACACCCCAAUUAUAUAAAGGAAAAGUAUUCAAUGUUGACUCUGUUAUUAAGCAAGCUGUAGCAGCAGGAGGUAUUGCAUGCACUGCUGCUGCUGCUGCAGCAGCAGCAACAGAUAGCGAAGAUGAUACAUCAUCAGGAUCACCACAACCAGCACAAUCAGGACCAUCAGCAGCAACAAAAGCAGCAGCAACAGCAGCAGCAGCAGCAGCAGCAGCAGGAAAAAAAGAAAGGCGUCAAUUGCCUCCUCUACAGUGUACAGUCUUAGUUGGCAACGAAGAUGAAUUCUCUUUUUCUGAUUUUUCUUCUAAUAAAUCUACAGAAAGAAAUUCAUUAGAUGCAACAGCAGCAGCAGCAGCAGCAGCAGCAGCAGCAAAUAAUCAGCAGCAACAACAGCAGCAACAGCAACAGCAGCAGCAAAUGCAGCAACAAAUGCAAGAACAAUAUAUGCAGCAGUACAUGCAGCAGCAACAACCACAACUAAACCCUCGAGGAUUUAUUAGCCCUCGUGUUCGUUAUGCAGACCCUCUAGAGCAGCAGCAGCAGCAGCAGCAGCAGCAGCAGCAGGUAAUAUUCCCCCCUCCUAUAACAGCAACAGAGAUGCAACGAAGGAUGGAGGAAGAAUGGGCAGAAAGAGAAAGAAAAUUAACAAUUAAAUUAAAUAGAGAAAAAGAUCAAGAAAUAACACAACAUAUACAAAAGUUAACUCAAGAAUAUGGUCGUCGUUUAAUAUAUGAGCUACAGCAGCAAGAGCAGCAACUGCAGCAGCAGCAGCAGCAUCCUGAGCUGUAUGAUGAGCUGCAGCAGCUGCAGCAAAAGAAUUUUUCCUUAAAAGAAAAUAUACUUUUGCUGCAGCAGCAACUAGAGGAAGCAGAAAAUAAACAAAGAGAAGCAAAUCAACAAAUAGAUACACUGCAUAGAUUAACACAGGAGAGCAGCAACAGAGAGCAGCAGCUGCUGCGUGAUAAUAAUUUACUUGCUGCUGAAUUAUCUGCAUGCACAGCAGCAAAGCAGCAGCAAGUGCAGCGGGAAGCAGCACUGCAGCAGCAGCUACAAAUAAGCAGCAGCAGCAGCAGCCGUUUACAGCAACAAUUAGAGCAUGAGCAGCAAAUGUGUGCUGCAUAUUCGCAGCAACUGCAGCAGCAGCAGCAGCUAAGUGAUGAACUGCAGCGCAGCAAGCAGCAACUUGAAUCAGCAGCAAGAAUAGAUACACAAGAAAAAGAAAAAAUAAAAAAAGAUUACUUUUUUCUUCUUUCUUAUAAAGAAAAAAUUAUACAAGAAAAUAAUAAUUUAAAAAAAAAUAUUCAAUUAUUAAAAAAUCAAUUAGAUCUACAAAAAAUUAAUCAACAAUCUACGAUAGAGCAAGAACAAAAGAUAAAUGAAUUAAAACAACAAAUAGAUGAACAAAGAAGACAAAAUGCAGAUGUUACUAAUGCACUAAGAAUGAGUGGAGGCGAUGAGACUAAGAGAAGAAAAUGCCGCUCUUCUUGCUGA